AUGACCCGCACUGCCCAGCCAAUUCGACUCUUCGCCUCUGAAGCCAAGAGCCACCCGGUGGUUCUCACUCCCAGCGAUCAAGAGGUGGCCAACUGCCGCCUGAGUCAGAGGUCGAUGCAAACCAUUCUCGAAGCAAUGCACGCCGACGGUCUUGUCGUCGUCCAGGGUGUAGUCGACACCACCGCCAUUGACCGCCUCAACGCCCGAAUGGUGGAGGACACGCGCACACUCGUGGCGCGUGGCGACGACGGCCCGUUCAACUACAACCUCGGAAACCUACAGCAGAGCCCACCCAACGACCCGGAUAUCACCAACGCCUAUUUAGGUGAAAAGCCGACCAUGUCGUUCAUCUCGUCCAAUGCGGCUGUCAAGGCUGAGGUGGGGCAGCCGGUCCACUCGGACGCGGAUUUUGACCACCCCAGUAACCUGGAGAUUCCGUUUGCUGCAGUGGUCAACGUGGGUCUGAUUGAUAUGCACCCCGAGAACGGCUCGACCCAGGUGUGGCUCGGAACCCAAAACAACAAUGUAUCAGCCCAGGAUGGUGCCCAUGGCGAGCGAGCUUCUGGACGUAUCAAGCUUGAUCUACUCGAGAAACGCCGAGUCGUCUCUCCGCCGAUCCAGCCUACUGUCAAGAAAGGCUCCAUUGUCAUCCGCGACCUGCGCUUGUGGCACGCCGGCAUGCCCAACAAGACCAACGACGUCCGUAUCAUGCUUGCCAUGAUUCACUUUGCGCCGUGGUAUCGCCAGAGGAUGACCAUGAAGCUUCCGCGGGCGCUCCGACCAAGUAUCGACGGCCAAGACCGUCUUGCGCUUGCGGUCGACUGGCAGGAUGAGCCGGUUGACCACCUUGACCAGCCGUUUGGGAACGCGUUUGACUUCUGCCAGGACCUCUAA